AUGUCGGGCAUCACAGACUUCCUCGGCCGAGCCAUCUCGACGGUUAAAAAAGCCAUCGACGCCGACAACGCCCAAGAAUACGCCAAAGCCUUCCAACUCUACACCAACUCGAUCGAGCUCUUCAUCCUCGCCGCCAAAUGGGAGAAGAACGCCAAGUCCAAGGAGAUGAUACGGCAAAAGGCCGCCGAGUACAUGGACCGCGCCGAGAAGCUAAAGGUGUACCUCGCCGAAUCCGAGGCCAAGACGAACGGCAACGGGAAAGCAGGAGGCGGUGGUGGUGGUGGUAACGGCGGAGGUGCGAAUGCUAAAAAGGAAAAGGCCACGGGCGGGUUGGACGAGGAUACGGAAAAGUUGAGGAAUGCGCUGCAGAGCAUCGUGGUUACGGAGAAGCCGAACGUUAGGUGGAGUGAUGUCGCGGGGUUGGAGGAGGCCAAGGAGACGUUGCAGGAGGCUGUGGUGCUGCCGAUUAAGUAUCCUUCCAUGUUUACAGGGAAGAGGCAGCCCUGGAGGGGCAUCCUGCUGUAUGGACCUCCUGGUACGGGUAAGAGUUAUCUUGCCAAGGCGGUCGCGACGGAGACGGGCGGUGCUUUCUUCAACGUCAAGAGUUCGGAUCUUGUAUCGAAGUGGAUGGGAGAGUCAGAAAAGCUUAUUCGACAACUAUUCGCCAUGGCCCGCGAAGCCAAACCCUCCGUCAUCUUCAUCGACGAAAUCGACGCCCUCUGCAGCGCCCGCGGCGAAGGCGGCGAAUCCGAAGCCUCCCGCCGCAUCAAGACCGAAUUCCUCGUGCAAAUCGACGGCGUCGACAACGACAACCAGGGCAUCCUGGUGCUCGGUGCGACGAACCUCCCCUGGGGUCUCGACCUGGCCAUGAGGCGGCGAUUCCAGCGCAUCGUGCACAUCGGUCUCCCGGGCCCCGCGGGGAGGGUGAGGCUGUUCCAGCUGGCGGUGGGGGAUACGCCGUCAACGUUAACGCCACAGGAUUUUAAUGCGCUGGCGGCGAUGUCAGAGGGGUAUUCUGGGAGUGAUAUUACGAAUGUUGUGCAUCAGAGUUUGAUGUAUCCUGUGAGGAAGAUUACGCAUGCGACGCAUUUCAAGAAGGUCAACAUUGAUGGGGUCGAAAAGUACGCCCCCUGCUCGCCUGGGGACCCCCAGGCCAUGGAGAUGAACUACCUGGAUAUCCAGGACGAGCAGCUUGCCAUGCCCCUUGUAGAGUUCCGUGAUGUUGUCAAGGCUCUCAAGCAAUCCCACCCCACAUCAACCCCAGAUUCGUUGCAAAAGUAUGUCGACUGGACAAAGUCGGCAGGCACUGAUGGCUCAUAA